CUUCCCGGAUCUAUUUAAGCAGGGCCAUGCGAUGCAUUUCAGAGCCGUACACUCACGAUCAUCGUUGAGGCGACGAUGGCCGGUCAUCGACAAUCGUUGGCAGCGGCUUCUCUGAAGCUCCCAGCUCUUCUGCUUCUGUGGAUCUUCAGCUUGAACUGGGGGCAUGCCGUCGCGCACUUUGAUCCUGCAAACAUGACCGAACUGCAGAAACAUGUCUCCUUUUUCGACCACAACAAGGAUGGCUUCAUCACUCCUGUGGAAACCAUCCAAGGGUUUGUUGCAAUCGGUUGCGAGUAUGCAUUUGCUACUGCUGCCUCAGCCUCCAUUCACGGUGCCCUUGCUCCUCAAACAACCCCGGCUGGUACACCACUGCCUCACUUGACAAUAUACGUGGAGAAUAUCCACAAAGCUAUGCAUGGAAGUGAUUCGGGUGUAUACGAUCCUAAAGGAAGGUAGUUACAAUCACUUGCUUUACCUGAGUGCAUGUCCGGUUUCAUAUCUAGUAAAAUCAGCCACGCAUGCUGAAAAUUGAAGGAAAAACAGUG